AUGUCCUGGAUGACCGAAUCUGAGACGGGCUUCGAGACUCGACGCUGUUUGGCUUUCUGUCCCUGCUGCCCACACAAGACUAGCUGGAAUUCUCCAAGGGGGCGAUGGGCGACUCGAGGGCAUGUCGGAGCAUGUCAUGGGCAACGUUGUCCGAGCAAGAUAUCUUCGACCGUCAGAGCGACUGUUCAACGGUGGUCUUGGAGGUCCACGCUUCAGAGUCUUGCUGAGAUGACUUUCACGACUCCAUCCCCGUCGUCACCAAUGCUUCGAACCCCAGCAGCCUUGACACAGUCCCAAAAUUGCGUCUCGGGUCCGCUCGAGCACCACAUGCUGACGAAAGGAGCCGUGUCGAUGGUUCGCAGCAUCACAUCUGCCGAGUGGCGAACGAGCAUCCCCAGACCAACCUGUGCAGCGUCAAGUGAGGAGAACCUUGUCCAAUGUUCGCCGGCGCCAGGGAGCAACAAGCAUCGGAGAGCUGGAGAAAGCUCUCGACAGGUACCUCUGUACCUAUCGCUUCGCGCGCUGGCUGAGAGGGUGUCGUGCAGAGCCACCUGUGGCGGCGGUGACAGAUUUCCACACGGACGAUGGAAGGGCGAAAGAGUCAUGAAGAAGUGCGAUCGGCCACCGUUGGAGCUGUGGUCGAGGAGCGAGCAGAAUAAGCGCGCAAAUUUGGCGCGCGGCAACGCGGAUGAGAGACUCCUGGCGGGCGUGCUGAAACUCUCGCCCAUAAUUAUUGUUCGCUCCGUCCGCCAGCCCAGCACAGCACAGGCGAGGCUCGAGCUGAAGAUGCUCUCAACCCUCUCGUUUCCGCCGCCGGGAUGCUUUUGCGUCUCGAGACCAUCGGCUGUCCUGUGCGACGUCGCGAGACAAAGAUGGCAUCCACGCCUGUCUCAGACAGCACCACCGCUCCCAUCCAUCACCGAUACCACCAUCACCAGCUCCUCCUCCUCCUACUACUUACUACCUGCCGCACUGCGCUAA